CUCUGGUAUGUUCCUAGAAAACAAAAGUGUGUCCAACAGUUCCUGAGAGUGUGCUAAUAAACCCCCUCACUAUGGAGGACCACAUUCCCCUGACCCAGACACUGGGAAGAAGGAGAAUGUCCUUGCCUGAAAGUUAAAGCAAACCUCGGGAUUCUUGCACAGGGAUUCCUCCUGUCCCUGCUUUUUGUCAGCCCCCUGCCACUGUCAUGACUGAUUUCCCCUCUGCAGGCAAGGCUGGGGUUAUUUAAUCCUCAUUAGAACAGGGGAGCAGAGCUCAGGGCAGGGCACAGCUCAGCCUUUGGCCUCUGGGUUCUGUAAGGACAAGUUUUAAGAGGUUCCAGCUCCAGAUGCUCGUGCGCACUGGGGCUCACACAUCACUAAAUCACUGAGAAAGCUAAAAAUAGCCCAAAACCUUCUGCAGGCAGGAAGGUUCUGUUGAGUGAGAAAGGGAAAUGCCUCACACGAGGAUCCCAUCGGCAAGCAGCCCUGAGCCGUGACACCAGCAGUGCCUCCUCCCUGGCUUUGGGUGGCUCUCAGCAUCCCUGGCCUGAAAGAGGCCUGGACACAGCGGGUUGGUGACCCCAGGGCCUUUUCCUGAGGCGGGGCUGGGCUGGAUGUCCCUGCUGUGAGCAGGUGACAAAAUGGUGUCAGGAAUGGUGUGACACCUGAGGUGGCAGCUUGAGGGGCUCAGCUCCAGCCCGUGCCACCCAUGGGGGCUCAGCAGUGCCCAGGAGCGGGGCCAAGGCAGGGCCAGCCUGACCCGUGUGGGUGCUGCCGCCUCCUCACAGAGAGGAUGGAGUCUGUGGCUCUUAACCUUUGCUCCCAAGGUUUUUUUGGCUGGACUAAAGAGGAGCCAAGCCAGGACCUGGUGACACUUUGGCAGGGCUGGUGGCCAAGGUGACAGAGAUGUUGGUCACCUACCAGGUGCUGCCUCCUCCAAACACCCAAACAAGAGCCUAAAGGACACGCUAGGCCAAGUGCACCCACCUCUGGCAUUAACAUUCCCCCAGUCCCUUAGAGCUGUUUCCACAUCCACUGCCUGCUCCCAGCAGUGCCAGGAGAUUUCUCUGCCAAAAAGGGAUUUGCUGUUACCUGGAAAUCGAUGAUGAGGCUCCAGAAGCGUCCCCCAAAGGCAAGGUUCUGCUGGAAUAUGACAGCACUGCUCCAUCAUGCUGCCACAAAUCCAUUUCCACCCAGCACAGGGACGCCAUCCCUUGUCACACGUGGCCAGUGGCUUCUGGACAGGGCCUGGGUCAGCAGGACAUCCACAUCUUGGCUUCUGGAGCUCCUUGGGCAGCCCAUUGGCCAGUUUCUCUCCUCUGCAGCCCCAGCCCGGGCUGUUUGUGGCUCCCUGUGCCCCAGCUGUGCCGGUCACACGUGGUGUGAGGCACGCAGCCCACAAAGGAAACCCUGGGUGACAAACCCCGGCGUGAGGGGCGGAGGCGAGACCGGAACAGAGCCAGCACAGCCUCUUCUGCCAUCUCAGCACCCCGGGGUGCUGCCCCUGCCCUGGGACUCCAACCAAGGCAGGAUGGAGGAUUUGGAUGCUUUGCUGGCAGAACUGGAGCAGAGCUCCUGCCUGGCCUCCAAGGACCAUGUGCUGGAGGGACCAAGCUCCAGCCACGAUGCCCAGCAUGGUAGCCUGAAGGUGCCACUGCCACCUCAAGCUCAGUCUCCAGGAGAAGGUUUGGAUUCAGUGUACAGCACCCCUGUGCCAGUCCCAAAGCCGCUGCUCCCCUCACCCCCACACACGGAGGCUGCCCGGCAGCUGGAUGAGCUCCUGGCCGACCUGGGCCACACAGAGAGCAAGCUGGCAGCUGCAGGGCAGGGAGCCGGGGUGCCCACGGAGUCCUUGCUGGACAACAUGCUGGACAGCCUCACGCGGGACCUGCAGGAGCUGGGCAUCACGGCCGCACCCGCCGGCGUCUGCGCCGCCUGCCGCAAGCCCAUCGCUGGCAAGGUGUUCACAGCCCUGGGCAAAACCUGGCACCCCGAGCACUUCACCUGUGCCCGCUGCGGGCAGGAGCUGGACAAGGGGCCCUUCUUCGAGCAGGGAGGGCAGGCGUUCUGUGAGGAGGAUUAUCACAAGGCCUUCUCCCCGCGCUGUGCCUACUGCGCCGGCCCCAUCCGUGAGAAAGUCCUCACGGCCCUGGAGCAGACCUGGCACCCCGAGCACUUCUUCUGUGCCCACUGUGGGAAGGUGUUUGGAGAUGAGGGGUUCCUGGAGCGCAAUGGGAAGCCGUACUGCCACCAGGACUUCCUGGCCAUGUUCGCCCCCAAAUGCCAGGGCUGUGAGCGCCCCGUCAUGGACAAGUACCUGUCGGCCCUGCAGGGUGUCUGGCACACCGAGUGCUUCGUGUGCACGGAGUGCCUGACUGGCUUCACCGGCGGGUCCUUCUUCGAGCUGGAGGGGAGGCCCUACUGCGAGCUGCACUUCCACCAGCGGCAGGGCACCGUCUGCCACGGCUGCGGCCGCCCCGUCACCGGGCGCUGCAUCACGGCCGCGGGGCGCAGGUACCACCCCGAGCACUUCAUCUGCACCUACUGCCUGGGCCAGCUGCACAAGGGCACCUUCCGCGAGUUCGACGACAAGAUGUACUGCCAGCCCUGCUACAACAAGCUCUUUGUCUGAGCCCCAGGUGCCCAGCACACAGCCUCCCUUGCCUGGAAGUCCCCAGCAUUGUCCCCACCAACAUGCCUGGCAAUGUCCCUGCUGACCCAAACACGCCUCAUGUCCCACCCAUCAACAUGGGUGGUCCCAUGGCUGGUCCUGCUCAGCCAACUGCCCCCAGCCUUGUGUCUGCUAAGCCAGGCUUCAUUCCUUGUCCCCCUCCCUUCAAGACAUCACUGGCAUUGCUCCUUGGACCUGAAGCAAUAAAAUACCUGGUCCUGCCUUC